AUAGAAGUGAAGAAUACUCGGGGAUAUCUCUUCAGGCUGUAAAUAUAAGAUACUGACGAGCAGCAUACACAAUUUAAAAAGUUACAGAAGGUAUGAAGACAGUAUCAUAGCGAAGCCAUGGCCGACAAGAGAAAACUUCAAGGUGAAAUAGACCGAUGUUUGAAAAAAGUAGCUGAGGGUGUGGAGCAGUUUGAAGACAUCUGGCAAAAGCUCCACAAUGCAGCGAAUGCCAAUCAGAAGGAGAAAUACGAAGCAGACCUCAAGAAAGAGAUUAAGAAGCUCCAGCGACUACGAGACCAGAUUAAAACAUGGGUGGCUUCCAACGAGAUCAAAGACAAGAGGCAGCUAGUGGAGAACCGCAAGCUCAUCGAGACGCAAAUGGAGCGUUUUAAAGUGGUGGAGCGAGAGACGAAGACGAAAGCAUACUCUAAGGAAGGGUUGGGUCUGGCCCAGAAAGUCGACCCGGCUCAGAAGGAGAAAGAGGAAACGGAACAGUGGCUCACGAAUACAAUAGACACCCUAAACAUGCAGGUGGAGCAGCUAGAAAGCGAAGUGGAGUCGCUUUCUGUUCAGACACGCAAGAAGAAGGGAGACAAGGAGAAGCAGGACCGAAUUGAGGAGCUGAAGAGGUUGAUCGAGAGGCAUCGAUACCACAUCCGCAUGCUAGAGACCAUACUGAGGAUGCUGGACAACGAUUCGGUGCAGGUAGAAGCCAUUCACAAGAUCAAAGACGACGUGGAAUAUUACAUCGAUUCCUCGCAGGACCCCGACUUCGAGGAGAACGAAUUUCUCUAUGACGACUUGGACCUGGAGGACAUUCCUCCGUCGUUGAUGGCCACUUCUCCCCAGGGUCAUAUUGAGGAUGAAAUGUUUCUGCAGUCCAGCAGUACCCCCACCUCCACCACCUCCUCCUCUCCCAUCCCUCCGUCUCCUGCUACGGGAACCACGGAGAACUCAGAAGAAGACAAGAAGAGAGGUCGCUCCACGGACAGUGAAGUCAGCCAGUCGCCUGUUAAGAACGGCAAUCCGUCUCUCUCGGCGUUCUCCUCUUCCUCCGGGCCCUCUUCAUCCUCUUCCUCCUCCUCGUCCUCUUCGUCGUCGUCGUCGUCCUCCUCCUCCUCGACGCUGGUCUCCAUGGCGACGGUGGUGGGCGGAGGCGCGCCGGCGGUGGCCGUCUCCGGCGGCGGGAGCAGCCUCCUCGGGAGCUUCAGCAGCGCCGUGCAGCAGCACCCGCCUCAGUCCCAGCACGCCCAAUCCAAACUCUCCUCCUCGUCCGGCUCCGCCCCUUCCAACAGCACCCCCAGCCCGCCCAGUCACCCCUCUCUCCCCGCGCCCGCGGCCCCGUCCUCCUCCCUGCCCGGCUCGGCCGCGCCCGGGACGGCCGCGCCCGGCUCCCAGUCCCAGGCUUCCGCGGGCCCCGGCUCCGGUUCGGGACUGGGGCUGGGUUUGGGUCUGGGUCUGGGAAAGGCCGGGGUGACUGUCAGCAGCAGCAGCACCUCCCAGAUGCCCGGCGGGCUGGGGCUCUCGGGGAUGCCCGGCUCGCUCGGCACCAUGGCGGGCAUCCUGUCGGGCUCCACGCCCGCCCCGUACGCCCAGGCCGCGGCCGCCGGCGCGGUCGGCAGCGCCCCCGGUGGCCCGGUGGGGAACAGCGGCUCCAGCAGCAGCGUCCUGACGUCCGGAGGAGGUGGAGGAGGAGGAGGAGGAGGUGUAGCAGGGACGAACUCGGUGGCCACCAGUAACGGCACCGGGGCCGGACUGGGAUUGCUGGUAAACAGCCCCGUCCACGGUACCAUCAGCGGGGGGAUUCUGGGACUGGUGCCCGGACAGACCCCGCUGCAAGGCUCCGGACAGGUUCCCAUGAGCCCCGUAGGCACCGCCCCCGGAGGCGGAACCGCAGUAGGGUUGAUGGGCGGGAACGGAGGCAGCGCGGGGACGGGCGGAGCAGCUGGCGGCGUGGGCGGGAACGUAGCGCCGGCGCGGCCUCCCAGCGGACUCAAACAGAACGGAGGCACAAGUUACAGCGCAGUUGUGGCAGACAACUCAUCAGACUCCUCCCUCAGCAGCGCCAGCCAAUCGCAAAACAGCCAGCCCUCCUCCUCAAGCUCAUCGACCAAUCAAACUUUGGAUAAUGGUCCCAGUCUGCUGAGCUCCAUCACUCUUCCUCCGUCCUCACCAUCGCCCUCGUUUCCGGACAGCGCCCCCGGUGGAGGGAGUCUGCUCAAUGGCCCGCACUCCUACACAUCUAGUGCUGAGGCAAUCAAGGCUCCGGAGCCGUUGAGUUCUCUGAAAGCGAUGGCGGAGAGAGCAGCUCUGGGCUCAGGUCUGGAAGGAGAACUCUCUUCCCUGCACAUAACCGAACGUGAUCUGUUUACGGGUGGCUCCGCCCCCCCUGGACCACCUGCUGCCCCCCAGCCGACGGUGUCGGAGGUCAACCUGCCCCCCUCGCUGGGCGUGUGUCCUCUGGGCCCAGUGCCCCUGUCCAAAGACCAGCUGUACCAACAAGCCAUGCAGGAGUCCGCCUGGACACACAUGCCCCACCCGUCUGACUCCGAGAGAAUCAGGCAGUACCUCAUGAGGAACCCGUGUCCCACUCUUCCCUUCCAUCACCAGGUGCCACCUCAUCACUCAGACUCUAUCGAGUUCUACCAGAGACUGUCCACUGAAACACUCUUCUUCAUCUUCUACUACCUGGAGGGCACCAAGGCUCAGUAUCUGUCGGCGAAGGCUCUGAAGAAGCAGUCCUGGAGGUUCCACACCAAGUACAUGAUGUGGUUUCAGAGGCACGAAGAGCCCAAAACCAUCACUGAUGAGUUUGAACAGGGCACGUACAUUUACUUCGACUACGAAAAGUGGGGCCAGAGAAAGAAGGAAGGAUUCACGUUUGAGUACAGAUACCUGGAAGACCGUGACCUGCAGUGACCCACGGACGGACCGACCGACGGACGGACGGACGAAGGGAGGGAGGGAUAGAGGGCGAGAGAAAAAGAGAAGAGAAAGAGAGAGAAAUUGCUACGACAGUGAACGUGCUGCUGUUGACAUUCCGAGUUUCAACUCCAUGUCGUGGUUGUUAGUUGGAUGUGAUGUAGGCGUUUUUCUUUAAAAAAACAACAACAACAACAAAAACAAACAAAGAGAGAGAGAGAGAGAUAAGUGUGGGAGGGGCCAUGUGCCUGUUUACAAGCAAACAUUUGAACCUCCUUUUGCUGUUGAGUCUUUCUCACGUUAUAUCUUUUAUUUUAUUUUUUUUUUUUUCCCUUGUCAAUAAAAAAAUCCCCCUUGCUUUGCCAUCUAACCAAGCAAACACUGAAUGAAAGAUUGGGUUUAGGGAGUUACAAAACAUACAUAUUUGAACAUAGCCCCUAAUGGAGAAGUGUGGUUCCAAACGAAAACCGUUUAUUUUUUUUUUCUCCCAGGUUUAUUCAGUAUAAUCGCCGUCUGAGAGUUUGGAGACUCUGCAGUAAGAGAGAGAGAGAGAACAGAAUGAUGAUUAAAUUGCUAUGCAAUUGAAUUCCUCUCGACCUCCCUGUCUGAACCAUUAUCGAAAGACGCAGUUUAAGUCUCCGCGAAAAGAGGCGCCAUCGGAAGAAAUGAUAAAAAAAAAAUAAAAAAGGUAUGGUUUAGUAGCAUCCACCAUGCAUCUGCCAGCUAAAAUGUCGACAUGGUCCACCAGGCAAACUCCGUCUGAUUCUGUGUUUGUUUAAAAUAGCAUGAAUUAAAAAAAAAAAAAAAAUCUUAACGUCACCUGUCUCAUACGACGCGAACAUUACGAAUGACAUACAAAAAGAAUAAGCAGUUUAAAAAAAAAAAAGUUCUAUCUUUUUUUUUUCUCUCACAGACAGUGAAGUCGUUUAGGUUGUUUGUGGCUAAAUAUUUUUGUUGUGUGGAAGUUUUAGAACAUGUAAACAAACAAACAAACAAACCCCCCCCCCCCCCU